AUUCGUCAGCGCCAGGGGGCUUUCAACACGCUGAUUGUUUUGCCUAGAAUAGGAAGUUGUGAAAGUCCGGGACCACUCUGGCACUCUCAAGCUCUGUUACCUUCCCCUUUCGCGGGCCUCCUGGUGAUCGGCUCUUAUUAUGGGCGGUAGGGCCUGAGCGGGACGAUAAUGCUAACUGUUAAAAGGUAGGUAAGUGCCCCGUUCUGUUGCAUCUCCCUAUUUGUCUGCGUGCCUUUCCCUCCCGGUCGAUCGAUAAGACAAGAUGUCAGCACGCCGAAGACUCGGCUUGGCCUUCGCGGGUGUCAUCCACCUCGUUACCGGCCUUGGAUUUGAUGGCGCGUUCCGGACCUCUUUGACGCUGCGAAAUUUCAAGGAGCAGCUGGAUUCUACAUCUCACGCUGCGCUGGUGGCCGGGGAUCUCGAGUCGCUAUACCCAGCUCGCACCAUCCAGGUUCCCAUAGACCACUUCCACAAUGAAUCGCUCUACGAGCCGCACUCCAAUGACACCUUCGCCCUGCGCUACUGGUUUGAUGCUAGCCACUACAGGAAGGGCGGGCCCGUCAUUGUCUUGCAGAGCGGCGAAACCAGCGGCGUUGGGCGUCUUCCCUUCCUGCAAAAGGGGAUCGUGGCCCAGUUAGCCCAGGCUACCCACGGCCUGGGUGUGAUCCUAGAGCACCGUUACUAUGGAGAGAGUUAUCCCACCCCGGACUUCAGCACCGAGAACCUCCGCUUCUUGACGACGGAGCAGGCCGUUGCCGACAUGGCCUACUUUGCCCAGCAUGUCGUAUUUGAGGGACUGGAACACUUGGACCUGACGGCACGCAGUGCAGCCUACAUCGCUUACGGCGGUUCCUAUGCCGGGGCGUUCGUCGCCUUCCUGCGGAAGCUGUAUCCGGACGUCUACUGGGGUGCCAUCUCUUCGUCUGGCGUUCCCGAGGCCAUUUAUGAUUACUGGCAGUAUUACGAGGCGGCCCGCCUGUUUGCCCCGUCCGACUGUGUGGUCAACACGCAGAAGCUGACACACAUGGUCGACAACAUUCUCAUCGGCAAGGCAGAGACCGAGUAUGUGCCGCGUCUAAAAGCAGCCUUUGGACUCGGCAAUCUCACGUUCAACAACGACUUUGCCAACACCAUCUCGUUUGGCAUCGCGGGCUUGCAAGGUCUAAACUGGGAUCCCGCCUUGAACAACACGGAAUUUGGCCGCUACUGCAACAACAUCAGCUCCCCGGUUCUGCUCUACCCAGGCGCCGCAAGCCUCAGGUCCGAGGCCAGAGAACUGCUCACGGCGGGCGGCUACGGUGCCGAAGCUGACAGUCUCAUCAACCAACUGCUCAACUACAUAGGCUAUGUCAACGUGACAAUGGUGCAGUCCUGUCUCGACAGGAGCCAAGACGCCUGCUUCUCCAACCACAACUCGACCUUUUAUCAGCAGGACGACCUCAAGCAGGAUUGGAGACUCUGGGCGUACCAGUAUUGCUUUGAAUGGGGCUAUCUCCAGACCGGCUCCGGUGUCCCCGCGGAUCAGCUGCCCCUAAUUUCCCGCCUCAUCGACAUCGACUACCUCUCCCUCGUGUGUCGCGAAGCGUUCAACAUCACGACCCCUGCCCAGGUCGAGCGCAUCAACAAGCACGGCGGCGUCAACAUCAGCUACCCGCGCCUGGCCUUCGUCGACGGGGAGAGGGAUCCCUGGCGGUACGCUUCGCCGCACCGAAUCGGGCUGCCGGAGCGUAGGAGCACGGUCAGUGAGCCGUUUAUCCUUAUCGAUGACGGUGUACACCACUGGGACGAGAACGGGCUAUUUCCCAACGAGACGACGGCCGACCUGCCGCCCAAGCCUGUCGCACAGGCUCAGAGAGCGGAAGCACAGUUCGUGAGGGCGUGGCUGAAGGAGUGGAGCAAGACGAGAUGUAGGGGUAGCAAGCCGGGAACAUGUGUGGUUGAGUGAGGUAACUAACUCGAAGCAGCAGACUCGUACAGGGAGGAGGAUUGGGAAGAUCUAUGACGGAGCAUUGUGCCAUUGCGGGCAUAUUUCAUGUCAAGGUCUGGGAGGUUUGUAUAGAAGUGGUGUCCAUUUUGGACAGAAAGCGAAGUCAAUUGUAUAAAGGGGUAUAAAAGGGGUAUCUAUCAUUCCAACCGAUCAUCGCAUACAAGACA